AUGGCCGAAAAAGGAAACACACAGAGCGAAUCGCUAGCGAACCCCGAGUCUGAUUUCCUGAAUAUACAACCAGCCGAACGAUAUCAACGACAAUUCAGCUUGCUAAAUCGAUUCGGCCUUCAAUCUAAUGUGAUCCUCGCGGCAUCAUUCGCAAAUUCGGAGGCUAGGACAACUGUGCUUUCUAAAGAAGUGGUUUACCCGGCCUUUCGAAGGAUUAUACAGCAGUAUCCAGAGCUUUCUAUGGUGUAUUUUGACGGGCCAUCCAAGAAAAAGAAGUCGAACCAUCGGUGCAUGUCCGGUUUCUUGCGCAGUGUCAAUCUCGAUGACCACGUGGAAUUCUUAGAUAUUCCAGAAAAUGAAGAGGAACUCAGCCUGACUGGCUUAAUCGAGCGAUACCACCGUACCUGGUUCGAUCACUCGAAAAGGCCACCUUGGCAGUUCAUCGUGAUCAAUGGGAGACAAACUUUGCUGGUAUUUGACCACUAUAUCACGGAUGGACGCGGGGCUACUUUUAUCCUUGAUAGCCUGCGAGAAGCGCUCAAUCUUCCAAACCAGAACGAAAAUGAUUCAUCUAUUGUCCAAUUGACUUCGGAGGUCAAAGGAUUUCCUGAGGUGGAUCCGGUCGAACUCUUGGGGAAGCCGUUCGUCUUCUGGGCCAUCUUGAAUUAUUUGCGCUUUUGGUUUAUCUGUCUCUUUUACAGAGGGACUAGUGUAUUCUUCCACGAUGCAAAGUAUGAGGAGCAAGAUUUCACCUUUGACGAUCCGAAAAAGGAGGAUAAUGUUGUCAUUACGAGGCUUCAUACUCUCCGCCUGAGCGCUAAGACCAUGAUCAAAUGUCUCCACGCAUGCCGCGAACACCAGACCUCAUUUACAAGCCUCCUACACACGCUCAUCAAGGUGAGCCUGGCAACUGACUUCUACCCGAAGGCCAAGUUCAGCCAUUCUGAGACAGUUAUCGACGUCCGACCGUAUCUCCCUACCCAGGAGAGGGAGAGGACCAUAAGCACUGCUGUAUCAAUGAUAUCGAGUUUUGACUGGCUUUCGAAGUUCCGAGAAGCAGGUCAAAGCCCAGACGGAGAGGAACCCUCCAUAGUGAACGCCGAACUGCUAUGGGAUCUCUCGCAACAACAUAAAGCUCAUAUCACGAACGAUCUAAAACACGAGAUGUCGUGGUUGAAAGCCUGGCUGUCCAUCCUCAUGGUUGGAGAAGACGAGGAAGACUACAUUUCCACUCUUUUGCCUGGCUAUAAGCUUGUUCAGAAUAGAACAUUUUCAGUGUCUAAUUUGGGCGCUUUUUCCUCCGCCGAUUCGAGCGUCAGUGGACCAUGGGCCAUUUCCAGCAUGGAAUUUUCUGCAGGUGCCUUUAAAGCUGGUAUUGGCUCAAAUCUGACCUUCAACAUUAUCGGCGUUCAAAAUGGUGCUACUGUUAUACAUGUUAGUCAUGAAGAGGGGAGUCUUCCGGAAGAAUUCGUCGGUGCCCUGCUUGAGCGGAUCGAGAAGCGGAUUUUCGCUAUCAUCGAGAUUGAGUGA